UUAUCGGAAUCUGCACUAACUUUAAGCAUUUACUCGAGUUUUACACAACAUAAGAGUAAACAAUUAUGAUAAAUGUUGUUAACCUAUCAAGGUUGAAAUUAAACGCAGUACAAUUAUUACAGUAUAUUUAUUUAUACUAUUUGGGACCACGUAUGAUCCAAAAUUUUGGAAGUGUUAUAGUCAGAUAGUUAAUUCAGUUUAAAAGUCAAUGGAUAUUUGAUGUCAUAAUUUGAUGUCACAAUUUGAUAAUUACAGGUAGAAGUUCAUUAAAGGCGCAGAUAGAGAUUUUUAAUGAAAUGACAGCGUGAUGUAAGAUAUUAUGACAUCACAACUCACAUGACCUGGAUAUCCAAUCAGAGUAUAGACAUAUAAAAUUAGCAUUUAUCAACAGAGAACUUAAAAACACUUCAAUAUAGAAUUUUACUAAAACUGUAAAAUGAAUAGCCUGAGUGUCAGAAUGUAUGAGAAAAGGGAUCAUUAAAAACCGUUACCUUUAAAAGACACAAAACAUUCCAGCCUGGAUUAUAUAGAAGAAAAUUAACUGCAAGAUAUUAAUAUUAUUAUACCACAGUGCAGAAAUGUAUGUUGAGACAAUAACAGAAAAUGAAUUUGAAGAUGACGUUAUGUCCGAAGAUGAAGAACAUGAACGUAUGCUUCGGUGGCAAAAUCGGAACAAUAAUGCAACUAAAAUCGUUAAUUCGUUGAACAAUAAUAACUACCAGGGAAUAUCGAUGAUGUCACCGCCUAAUCGGUUUUAUGGACCUAGCUCACCACGGCCGUCAGAAAAUGCCCGAUGUUUUAGGCGUAUGUCAACGCAGGUGGAAGCUAUGGUUGGGGCCAGCACGGUUGCUAUUGACAACAAGAUUGAACAGGCUAUGGACUUGGUCAAGAGUCAUCUUAUGUUCGCUGUAAAGGAAGA